GCACAGUUUUGAAUCGGCCGGCACAUAUCCAUAUCCAGAUAUUAAAAAUUGCGUCGACGCAAGCGCAAAAACCGUGCCGCCCCUCGAGCAUAAAGGACUCAGGACAUACUGGCAUUGCCAUCCAAACCAAACAGAAGCAAAAGUAGAAGAGCUGAAAUCCCAGAGCCCACCGGCCACCUGACGAUCGAUCGGCACCGAUGGCCGGCGGGAGGAAGCGGGAGUGGAUACGUAAGAAGGUGACGGCGGCAGCCGGGAGCGGGUCGCUGCGCGUGCGCGCGCUGUCCACGGCGCUGUUGCAGCGGAGGAGACGGCUGCCGCGCGUUGACCUACUCCGGUUCUUCUACGAGAGCAUCGUGUUCCGGCUGCUGUGGGUGCUCGAGUCCAUCGUCGUCCUCGCCAGGCUCUGCUUCUUCUUCCUCCGCUUCGGAUUCCGGCUGUAACUAAACCGAGCUGUGUGUUUUGUUGAACAGUAGUACCCAACCUGUGUUCAUGUGCGGUGUCUUGAAAUUUUCUUUGCUUUGUUCCAAAAAGUAGACAUAUCAUCAGCCAACAACUCUUUGUAUUCAAAUUGCCCAAGGACAUGAGACUAUGUACAUACAUAUAUAUAUGUGAGGUUGCUUUCUU